UAGUGACUGGGUGCAGUUUAAGCACUCGGUCAGUGACGCUUCCAUAGCCGGAAAUGGUUGCGGCUGCUUAAGGUCCGUGCUGGUUUCCGGACCUCGCUGCGGCGGUUAAUGAGUCGGAGACUUGGGAUGGAGGCCGUAGCAGUCGGGGCGGUAACGGACAAGUCCGAUGAUGACAGUGUGGAGCCCAGAUGUGUGCACUGGGGGGAGCUGAGCCAGGCUCCUGUUCCAUCUGCACCCCAGGACAAGGAGACAAAAGAGAGUAUACCAGGAGUCCCCGAUGGUGACAUCUCCCAGGCUGAGAGUCCGGCCGUGAGUGCCAUGCUGCAUGCCAUUGCCGCAAGCCACCUGCCUGUGUGCAGCCAACAGCAGGGCGAGCCUGACCUGACAGAGCAUGAGAAAGUGGCCAUCCUGGGCCAGCUCUAUCACGAGAAGCCACUGGUGUUCCUGGAGCGUUUUCGCACCGGUCUCCGGGAAGAGCACCUGGCCUGCUUUGGCCACCUGCGUGGGGACCACCGUGCUGACUUCUACUGUGCCGAGGUGGCCCGGCAAGGCACUGCCCGACCCCGAACCCUGCGCACCCGCCUGCGUAACCGACGUUAUGCUGCCCUGCGAAAGCUCAUCCAAGGAGGCGAGUACUUCAGCGAUGAGCAGAUGCGGUUCCGGGCCCCGCUGCUGUAUGAGCAGUACAUAGGACAGUACCUCACACAGGAAGAGCUCAGUGCCCGCACACCAGCCCCCCAGGCCCCCAGACCCAGCUCCCCCAGCACACCUGCCUACCCACUCUCCGACCUGCUCUUCCAGUCCUACCAGGAACGGGAGCUGCAGCAGAAGCUGCUCCAGCAACAAGAAGAGGAGGAUGCCUGCUUUGAAGAGGAAGAGGACAGUGAUGAGGAAGACCAGAGGUCAGACAAGGACUCGGAGUCCUGGGUGCCCGACUCAGAGGAGAGGCUGAUCCUGAGGGAGGAGUUCACCAGCCGCAUGCAUCAGCGAUUCCUGGAUGGCAAAGAUGGGGGCUUUGACUACAGCGCGGUGGAUGACAACCCUGACUUUGAUAACCUGGACAUUGUGGCACGCGACGAGGAGGAGCGAUACUUUGAUGAAGAAGAACCCGAGGAUGUGCCCAGCCCAGAGCUAGAUGGGGACUGAUGGCUCCCACCCUUCCAGCCAGUGACACACCUUGCCCAUCCCCCUACAGGCAGCUGAUUACAGGCAGCUGAUUACAGGCUGGCUUAGUGACUUGGGGGCCAUCAGGGCAGGCCCCCAGGCCUGACACACUUCAGACAAUGCCCACACUUCUGUUUAUGGGGUUUCCACUCUUCUGGAAAGUCAUUGCCCCUCUCUCCUUGGCCCUACCUCUCUGUCCUUUCUCUUUGAGAUGGGGUCUCACCGAGGAGCUGGCUAGCCUGUUGCUUUGUAGCCCUGGCUGUCCUGAAACUCUGUCCUCUUGUCUCUGCCUCCCACAUGCUGUGCAUGCCCUGGCCUACCAGUCUUGUUCUUAUCCCCUCUCCCCUCUUUUAGUUUCUUAGGUCUCCAACAUCUGUGCAUCCACCCUUCUGCCUUUCUCUGUGUUAUGGGUGCUGUGCCCACACAGAGCCCUGAACGAUUGUGGCUGCAGCUGUCACAUGGAUUCUAGUGUUUAGAUCAGGCUGCGCCCAGUUCUGGGCUUUUCCAUUUCUCUGUGCCCGUGUCCUACACUGGUCCCCUCUCUCCUGUACCUCAGUCUUCAGGCCUUCUCAUCCCUUCUGUGUGUCCAUUCCGUUUCUCUCCAGGCCUCUGCCUUACUGUCUGUCCCUGUCUCAGCCUUUAUGUCUCUGCUCCUCUAUGUCCCCGCCCCCAGGCCUGGCAGCUAUGGGCAGCAGAAGCCUGGGUACCCAGUGAGACUUCCCUCUGGGUGGGGGUCAGGGGAACCCAGAGGGCACCAGGCUCUGCUGCUCCCUUUGGACCUUGGCUGGGAAUGCUGGCAGAGAGAGGCAGAGCUGGGAACCACAGGGCCAGCUUGAGUGUAGGAGGCACUUGAAGAAGGGGACCGUCCCCUAUUAGCCCCCCUUCCUAGCCACAAUUUUCCUUUUCUUCACUUCUUCCACCUCCCUCCCCCUCUCCUGUUUACACUCUCCAAGUACACAUAGGCUGUUAUCAUGUGUCUUGAGUCACCUCUCCCCCUCUCUCUCUCUGUCUCUCUCUCUCUCUGUCUCUCUGUCUCUCUCUCUCUCUCUCUCUCUCUCUCUCUCUCUCACACACACACACACACACACACACACACAGAGAGCCUGCCCUAGUGUCCCUGCCCCCAGCAGGCCACAGGGCCCGCCCCACAGGGCCCUCCCCACAGAGCCCCCUGCUGCCUGGGACUAAUGAGAGCCAGAUGGCUGCCUGUGAGUCAGCCAUGGCCUGUGGGAACCCAGACGUCCUACCUUCCCAUGCCCCACACCCGGCUCCUGCUGCCCCAGCAGAUAGAAGGGACCUGCUACUGUCCCUUCUGAGGAUGGAGGCUAAUGUGUCUGAGCCUGAAGAGGCAAGCUACUCUGAGACAAUUGUGGCAUUCUAUUUGGCUAUACCUGCAGGACCCUUAAAACUGCUUUCUUGAGCUAAAGUCCUGACCCCUGGGUCAACUAAACUCACCCAGAGAGCUACUCGGGACAGAGGGUGUUGGCAUGAAAGCUUGAAAUAUGGAAACGACCUCAGUAGUUCCACCUGGGCCAGGCUGCCUGAGGCAGUGGUGACACCUCUUGACAACCUGAUCCAGACUGUCAACUGCCACUUGUCACAAAUGACGAAACAGCCCAGAAAAGCUGUUGAGAUCACCUGGCCUUCCAGGCAGAGCAAGACUAGAACACACUCCUACAUGCCACUCCUGCCAGCGUGUGACUGUGGGGGCCAGACAACAGAGGGGACAGAAGACAAACCGAGAGAGCCUGUGGGAGAUGGAAGUGCCAUGGCAUGUGUACGAGUGAUGUGCUGUUACAGCCCUGCCCUUGUCCCCCAGAGGCCUGCUGGGGGCUCCCAGCAGGAGCCAAGAGUGCUCUUUGGGGAGCUGGGUUAGCUUAAGUCUUUUCAGUUGACCAGUGUUCUGUCUGAUUAUUAAACUGAUUGAAGACAGAAA